ACCGCAACCCUCAUCAUCCAUUGAAGCAGGCUUCACGCUUCCUCCCGUUCUCCUGCUCACCGUCCGUGACGAUGAGCGACGACUUUGUACGUCUAGUUUCACAAGCAAACCCUGCGCUGCGACAGUAUCAACCCGCCAACAACGGUUAUCCACCUUCUCAGCAACAACCGAAUUAUGGCUCUUCAUCCAACUCGCAGCAGCUAGACCCCUUCUUUGAUGAUGAGGACGACAUACCGGACUCUGCGUUUGGCCCGACGAGGAUGGACGCUAUGCAGUCCAAGGAGAGCGGGCUGCCUCUUGCUAGGAAUGCUGCACCUCCGGCGGGCAAUUCACAACUUUCAUUACCUGAGAACCAAGACAUGCUGCAAUGGGAUGAUUAUACCCCGAAAACCGACACAUCUCGUCCCUUUGCUGGCUCUGCCUCGUUCCCAGGCCCCUCGUCAUCGUCCUCGCAGGAAAAGGGUUUCCGUAAAGCAGCCCGGAAGUGGAAAUGGCCAUGGCAUAAGGAGGAGAAGGUUCUGGCAGGAGAACGGCUUAUUGCUUUGAACAACUCAGAAGCGAACGCCGGGUUCUGUUCCAACUACGUGUCGACGACCAAGUAUAAUGCUGUGACAUUUGUACCAAAGUUCCUGUUUGAACAAUUCUCAAAGUAUGCCAACAUGUUCUUCCUGUUCACCGCAUGUAUACAGCAAAUCCCGGAUGUCUCACCGACGCAGCGUUAUACCACCAUUGUGCCGCUAUCAGUUGUACUUCUCGCUUCGGCGUUUAAGGAGACUCAGGAAGAUCUGAAACGGCACCAGUCGGAUUCAGAGCUUAACGCACGAAAGGCUAAAGUGUUGUCACCCAAUGCUACCUUUGAGGACAGGAAAUGGAAGAACAUUCGAGUUGGCGAUAUAGUUCGACUUGAGAGUGACGACUUUAUUCCUGCUGAUCUCAUUCUAUUGAGCUCGAGUGAACCGGAAGGAUUCUGUUACAUCGAGACUUCCAACCUCGAUGGUGAGACCAACCUGAAGAUUAAGCAAGCAUCACCUCAAACUGCUGAUCUGACCUCGGCACACCUCAUAAACACCUUACAUGGCACUCUCCGUUCUGAACAUCCCAACAACUCCUUGUAUACCUACGAGGGUACACUCGAGCUCACGUCUGAUAUGGGUCCUAAGCAGGUCCCUCUAGGUCCAGAUCAAAUGCUUCUUCGUGGCGCACAGAUCAGGAAUACGCCAUGGGCAUACGGAUUGGUCGUUUUUACCGGGCAUGAGACAAAGCUGAUGCGAAAUGCAACCGCGGCCCCCAUCAAACGAACCGCCGUAGAGCGCCAGGUCAACACACAGAUCGUGUUCCUUUUCAUUCUCCUGCUCGCCUUGUCAAUCGGUUCAACGAUUGGGAGUAGUAUCAGAUCAUGGUUCUUCUCGAGUCAACAAUGGUAUCUCUUCGAAUCCCCGUCAAUAGGAGGCCGAGCGAAGGGCUUCAUUGAAGAUAUCCUGACGUUCAUCAUUCUCUACAAUAACUUGAUCCCGAUAUCCCUGAUUGUCACGAUGGAGGUUGUCAAAUUUCAACAAGCGCAGUUAAUCAAUACAGAUCUGGAUAUGUACUACCCCAAGACGGACACUCCAGCUUUGUGUCGAACAUCCUCUCUUGUGGAGGAACUAGGCCAAAUUGAAUACGUUUUCAGUGACAAGACUGGUACCCUGACUUGCAACGAGAUGGAGUUUCGCUGUUGCAGUAUCGCCGGAGUUGCCUACGCCGAAGUUAUUGAUGAGAGCAAGCGAGGCGAAGACGAAGACGGAAAGGAUGGUUGGAGGACUUUCGCACAGAUGAAGUCGAUUCUGGAAGGUACCUCAGAUCCAUUUUUGGAUGGCGGAUCUGGUUCCGGCGGCCCAGGAGGGGAACGGGAGAUCAUCCAAGAAUUUUUGGCUUUGCUUGCCGUCUGCCACACCGUCAUCCCGGAAGAUCGUGAUGGCAAGAUACACUAUCAAGCCAGUAGUCCUGACGAGGCUGCUCUGGUGGCAGGCGCUGAGUUACUCGGAUAUCAGUUCCAUAUGCGGAAACCGAAGUCAGUGUUUGUCAAUAUCCAAGGCGCAUCUGUGGAGUAUGAGAUUCUGAACAUUUGCGAGUUCAAUUCCACUCGGAAGCGGAUGUCGACGGUCGUUCGUGGACCUGAUGGGCGAAUCAAACUCUUUUGCAAGGGCGCUGAUACAGUCAUCUUGGAGCGGUUGAGCGACAAGCAGCCACAUACGGAGAAGACCUUGGUACACCUGGAGGAUUACGCCACAGAUGGCUUGAGAACGCUCUGCAUCGCAUACAGGGACAUUCCGGAAGCAGAAUAUCGACAAUGGGUCACGAUAUACAACCAGGCUGCAGCAACGAUCAAUGGUCGUGGCGAAGCUUUGGACCAGGCAGCAGAAAUCAUCGAGAAAGACUUAUAUCUGCUUGGAGCUACGGCUAUCGAAGAUAAACUGCAAGAUGGCGUCCCUGACACCAUUCAUACUCUCCAGAUGGCAGGUAUCAAGGUGUGGGUCUUGACUGGUGACCGUCAAGAAACUGCGAUCAAUAUCGGCAUGUCAUGCAAACUCAUAUCGGAGUCGAUGAACCUGGUCAUCGUUAAUGAGGAGACAUCGCACGAUACAAAUGAUUUCCUCUCCAAGCGAUUAGCUGCCAUCAGGAGUCAGCGGAGCUCUGGCGAGCUGGAAGAUCUCGCACUUAUCAUUGAUGGCAAAAGUCUCACUUUUGCAUUGGAGAAGGAAAUGUCGAAGACGUUCCUCGAACUCGCCAUCAUGUGCAAAGCUGUCAUUUGCUGCCGUGUAUCCCCAUUGCAGAAGGCAUUGGUCGUGAAGCUCGUCAAGAAGAACCAGAAAUCUAUCCUACUAGCGAUCGGAGACGGAGCAAAUGAUGUUAGCAUGAUUCAGGCGGCACAUGUCGGCGUGGGUAUCUCUGGUGUUGAGGGUCUACAAGCUGCUCGAUCUGCCGACGUGGCCAUCUCCCAAUUUCGUUACUUGAAGAAGUUACUCCUUGUCCAUGGGGCUUGGAGUUACCAACGGCUUUCGAAGCUAAUUCUAUACUCAUUCUACAAGAACAUUGUGCUCUAUAUGACACAGUUCUGGUUCUCAUUCUUUAACAACUUCUCCGGUCAAAUUGCCUACGAAUCAUGGACAUUGUCGCUUUACAACGUCCUCUUCACUCUUUUGCCACCACUGGUCAUCGGUGUCUUCGAUCAAUUCGUUUCUGCGCGUAUACUCGACCGGUAUCCUCAGCUGUACAUGCUUGGUCAAAAGAACGCUUUCUUUACACGGACAGCUUUCUGGUUGUGGGUGGGCAAUGCCUUGUAUCACAGUAUUAUUCUAUUCGGCUUCUCGGUCAUUCUCUUCUGGGGUGACCUGAAGCAGUCAUCAGGGUUGGAUACAGGACACUGGUUCUGGGGAAUGACUUUGUACUUGGCUGUGCUUCUAACUGUUCUUGGGAAGGCUGCUUUGAUCUCUGACCUUUGGACAAAGUACACUGUAGCUGCAAUACCCGGAUCUUUCAUUUUCACCAUGCUCUUCCUACCGUUAUACGCCGUUGUUGCGCCCGCGAUUGGAUUCUCGACCGAAUAUCGCGGGAUUGUUCCUCGGCUUUGGACCGAUGCUGUGUUUUACUUCGUUCUUCUUCUCAUUCCUAUAUUCUGUCUUUCUCGGGACUUUGCUUGGAAAUAUUAUCGCCGGACGUAUAUGCCAGAAACCUAUCAUAUAGCUCAAGAAAUACAGAAAUACAAUAUCCCCGACUACCGACCACGGCAGGAGCAAUUCCAAAAGGCUAUCAAGAAGGUUCGUGCGGUUCAACGUAUGCGGCGGAACAGAGGUUUCGCUUUCAGUCAGACUGAAAACGCUGCGCGACAAGACCAAGCACGGCUGAUUAGAGCGUACGAUACGUCGAAGACGGGUGCGAGACCUUCGGGCUACUAGUAUUAUUCUCGCUAUCUAUCAUCAUGUGGACUAUGUAGUGUACCGUUCGUGAUAUCCUGCUGUCAUAAAUAAGACUCGCAAUUAAUGGACGAUGUCAAGUCACGCAAAGAAAAUAGAGAUUUAUUAUGAUUUCG